AUGAGCACUGUCUGCGCUGCUACGACUCAAAUCGCCUCUCGAGCGAUGAAGACGUCCUCUUCUUCUUCGGGGUGUUCUUCGUCUUCUUCGUCUUCUUUUUCUCCUUCUUUCUCUUCUCGGGGCGGUCGGAAUUCUUUUUUGAAGACGGCGACGCAAAAAUCGUCGUCGUCAGCGAUUUUGCCGAUGAGACGAAGGAAGAAGAUUUCUGUGCGCACGAACGCGGUUUUAUUUUUACCACCUAUGCCCGGGGGUGCUGGUGCGGCGAUGAUUGGUGCGAUAGACGCCGAUCGAAUCGCGGAAGUGUAUGAUUUUUCGUCCUCGACGAAUCAGAUAGAGGUGCAAAGAGUGUUUGAAGUCGCCGACGCCGCAUCGGCGGAGAUGACCUUGGAACAAGCGCCGGCGGUGGACGCGACGAACAAACCACCAGAGAAGGAGAAGAAAUCGGCUUUACAAAAAGGCGGGUGGCUCGGACCAAUCACGAACGCCUUAGAGUCGACUUUAGAAGGUAUCGAUGGCAUUUUAGCACCCGUCGCGGGGACGAAUUCGUACGGGUUCUCUAUUCUCGCGUUAACUUUGUUGGUGAAGUUGGUCACGUUUCCGUUGACGAAGAAACAGAUCGAAGGUUCGGUGAACAUGCAAGCGCUGCAACCGAAAGUGAAAGAGUUACAAGCUAUGUAUGCGAACGACCCGGAGAGGUUACAGAUGGAAACGGCGAGAUUGUACAAGGAGGCGAACUUUAACCCGUUGGCGGGAUGUUUGCCCACCUUCGCGACGUUGCCGGUGUUUAUUGGUUUGUACCGAGCGUUGUCCAACGCCUCGGUGGAAGGUUUGCUGCAAGAUGGCUUUUAUUGGAUUCCGAGUUUAGGUGGACCGGCAACGAUUGAAAUGCGAAACGACGGCGCUGGAUUUUCGUGGUUGUUCCCGCUCGUGGACGGGGCGCCGCCCAUUGGUUGGCACGACGCCUUGUCGUACUUGGUCUUGCCGGUUUUGUUGGUCAUUUCGCAAUCGGUGUCGCAAAAGAUCAUGCAACCGGAAUCAGCAAAGUCAGCAGAUCCAGCGCAACAACAAUCGCAAGCGAUUUUGAAGUUUUUGCCGCUGAUGAUUGGCUACUUUUCCUUGAACGUGCCGGCUGGAUUGACUUUGUAUUGGUUCUUUAACAACAUCGUCACCACUGCGCAAACGGUGUAUUUGCGAAAGACGACGAAACCGAUCGUCAACGUUGGUGGUGCAUCGGCGGCUGGUGAUGGUGGUGGAGCGUCUUCGCAACCGGUGAGAGUGGAUUACGUUCCGAAAAGAGAGAGAAGAUCGGGCGCGACUAUUCCAAAGGCGGCGGCUCCAAAAGUUGACGUCUCGAACGCCAUUUCUGCGGAGUUUACCGAUUUUGACGAAGGACCUGCGAAAGUGAAGAGCGCAGUAGAGAGCGAGUUUGGGGAUUUUGAAGAUGGACCGGCGAAAGUUCAGGAAGAUGGUGAGGAUAGUAGCCGUGGAAGUCGAAGAGGCAGCCGAAAGAAGAGACGCGGAGGGUCCCGAUAA